CCCGCGGGGCGGGCCCACCGUGCGUGACGGCGGAGCCCCGCGCGGGGAGGGCCCGGGUGGCGGCGGCGGGCGGUGGCGGCGGCGGGAGAGGCGGCCGUCGGCCAUGCCAGUGCUGGCGCCCGAUGCUGAGUCAGAAACAGGUAUCCCGAAAUCCCCCUCUGAGGCGCGGCGCUCGGAGGCCAUGGAGGAGCUAGAGCACACCUGCCCUCAGCCGCGCCUGACGCUGACGGCACCGGCUCCGUUUGCAGAUGAAACCAGCUGUCAGUGCCAGGCUCCCCAUGAGAAGCUCACCAUUGCACAAGCCCGCCUGGGAACACCAGUUGACAGACCUGUCAGAGUUUAUGCAGAUGGGAUAUUUGACCUCUUCCACUCUGGCCAUGCUAGAGCUCUUAUGCAAGCCAAAACUCUAUUCCCAAAUAGCUACUUAUUAGUAGGAGUUUGCAGUGAUGAUUUAACACAUAAAUUCAAAGGCUUCACUGUGAUGAAUGAAACUGAGAGAUACGAAGCCCUCAGACACUGUCGCUAUGUGGAUGAGGUCAUCAGAGAUGCACCCUGGACACUGACACCUGAGUUCCUUGAAAAACAUAAGAUUGACUUUGUAGCCCACGAUGACAUACCCUACUCCUCCGCUGGCUCGGAUGAUGUAUACAAACACAUAAAGGAGGCAGGAAUGUUUGUCCCAACGCAGAGAACUGAAGGUAUCUCAACCUCAGAUAUCAUCACAAGGAUUGUCCGGGACUACGAUGUGUACGCCCGGCGCAACCUCCAACGAGGAUACACGGCCAAAGAGCUGAAUGUUAGUUUUAUAAAUGAGAAGAAAUACCGCUUUCAAAACCAAGUGGACAAAAUGAAAGAGAAAGUCAAGAAUGUGGAGGAAAAAUCAAAAGAAUUUGUUUACAAGGUGGAAGAGAAGAGCCAUGACCUCAUUCAGAAAUGGGAAGAAAAGUCCAGGGAAUUCAUUGGCAACUUCUUAGAGCUCUUUGGACCAGAUGGAGCCUGGAAGCAGAUGUUCCAGGAACGAAGUGGACGAAUGCUUCAGGCUUUUUCUCCCCGGCAGAGCCCAAACAGCAGUCCGACACGAGGCCGCUCCCCAUCUCGCUCUCCUUCGCCACCCUGGGUCUUCAAUAAAGCUUCUCCUCCCUCUUCUCCAAAAGCUGCCUCUGCUUCCCUCAGCAGCAUGAGCGAGGGAGACGAGGAUGAAAAGUAACGAAAAUAAUAUAUUUUUUUUAACCAUGAGACAGAAGAACAAGCUAUGAACUCAACUGCUGGAUGGCGGGGGGAAGCGUUAGGAACACCUGGGGCAUCUCUGACAGCAGGGAACCCGCUCUGGGAGAAGAUGCUGAAAAGAGACUGGAGCAGAGCAAGGAAGAUCUCAGGAAGAGCUUAUCCCAUCCCCAGUCAGUCCUUCGCAGUGCCUGGAGGCCCGGCCAGCAGUGCUUGCCAGACGCCGGAGCAGGGCAGACAGCAAAACAUAAACCUUUGUGCGAGUUCCUGUCCAUGUGUUGCUGCUUUCAGCUGCUGCAGCCAGGCCAGGUCAGCGGGGGGAGCCCUGCAGGGAGCCGGGCUGCCGGGAGGAGCCCUCUCAGUUCCCCAUCCGGGGCUGGCACCUUGGAACACGACAGCUACGGCCUAUGGAUGGAGAAGAUGCAGUUGUACUGGACCCUGCUAAACUUGAGCUCUUCUGGCACAGGAAAAUGGCAGUGCUGCAGCAAAUAACAUUCAGAAAUGGGAAAUAAAAUACUGUGGGUUUUUUUUUUUUUCUUUUUUGAAUGAAAUCUGCCCCAGAUCCUAAACUACGCCAGUGAAUUGGAGAGCUCUCCAGCUGAGUGGGUGGAGAUCCAUUUAAAAUGUUCAAGCUAUUGAAUGCUGCUUGUUGACCAAGCCUCUGUAUGGGUUGUAUGUAAAGAGUUGGGCUGUAUUUGCUUUAUCAAAUCACUCUCCAUGUUCCUAGUGCCUGAGCAGCUACCUGGUAACUUCUGUUUUGCUCCCUGGCUUUGCACUUUGGAGGCAAGAAAGUAAAGACAGUCCUAGCAGGAAUUCUUUGUUGUAGGAAAUGGAUGGUUUGAAGACAUUGUUGAUUUUUCUAGGUAAAUUCUGAUACACAGAUAAGAUCCCAGGGCCUGGGGAUAUGGCCUCCUACAAAAUCCUGCUGCUCCCUGCCAGCUAUCACCAAACCAGUGGCACAGUAGUGCUGCUCUCCUCAGAUGCUACUCAGCCAGUUAAACAAACUUCUCAUCAAACUCUUAACGAGAUGUGGUCACAGAUACACUGCCCCAGCAGGGGUCCAAGACCCUUCCUCUACCCUAACACGGAGAUAAAGUUGGCAAAAACAAAGAGAACUUUUUAAAUAGGAUAAGGCACCGGUUUUUUCUCUGAGACAUCCAUAGAGCCUCAAGCAGAACCACAGCAAGGGCAGCACAAGUGCAGCUUUCCCCUCUCCCCUCGAUGCACCAGCUGAUCUUCCAGCUUGGCAAAGCCAGACCUGCCUGCUGUCCCACCAGUCAGUCCCACAGCUGGGGAGGUGGCUGCAGACUUGCAGGGUUUCUGAGCACAGGGGGGGACCCCCAGCCCCCAAGGCUGCCCUGCCCCACAGCACAAAAAGCCAUGGGAAGCACUCACCCUGCACCUCUGUGCUGGGGCUGGGAAGCAACAAUGCAGUUUUGAUCCCAGGUUUGCAAACCUCCUCCUCCUCCUCCCUCUGUGCAUUGGCACCUUUGUGGCUCUGCAGCAGCAGCUUCAGUGCCAGGCCAGCAAGGCAGAGGGUGCCACCACCCGCCUGUCCCAACCCACAGCCUGAAAGGCACUGACCCCAGGCAGCCUGGGCAAGGGGUCACAGCAGCAGAACUGCCCCUGUGCCACUGCUCUCUGGAGCUGCAAACCCCUUAGGACACAGCAAGCUGUGGGAAGUAGAGACAGCACCGUGCUGGUUCCCUGCUUUGAGCAGCUCCUGGAAUAGAACCCUGCCAAGGAACGAGACACCCAAGUGCUUAAGCACACGUGGUGGUAGUACCUGGCAGCAGUUGUGUCCUUUCCUCCCCUUGGGCACCCCCCCAGCCCCAGCUAUCAUCCUUAUCUCCCCAAGUGGAAGAUAAGGUAAACUCCUUGCCCUCUUCCCAAAUACUCCUCCAGGCAGGUAACUUACAGACCCUUGUACCAGGCACCAAAUUAGCCCUGCAGUGAUCAUUCCCUACAGCUUUCAUCCCUCCCGCACCAGGGGGUAUAACCAAUUUUUCUUUGGGAACACUUUGCCAGUCAUUUCUCUUGACUACCCCAAGACUGAAUACAUAAGAUCUCACAGCUUGCUUUGCCAGUUCCUCCUCCAGAGCUGUAGAGAGAUGAGCAGGGAACAGGGUGAACUACCACGUUCUCUAGAAACUGCAAAGGGAGAAGAGCCACAGCAAUUCCAGCUGCCGCCAGCUGUGCGCCCAAUGGGACGAUGCAAAUAAGACCUUUCUGAGCCUUAGGCAACCUGUUACUGUAAUUUCGUACCUGGGAUGCACUUCUUAGUUUUUCUGAUCCUUUGCAAGUCUUGUGUCUUCCCAUCACAAACCACUCCUCCACCAUGGGAACCGCCUGCUCUCUACUGGUGCUGUUUAUACAAGGAGCCAUGUCCAAAUGCAACAGAAGUGAGCUGGUUAGUGUUGUUCCUUGCUUUUCCUGUUUUGUUUUUUUUGCCUUCCUUUACUGUUUCACAGCUCUUGAGCAGUCAUUUGAGUGGAAGACAGCACCACGACUUGUAAAUAGGGACUGGAGAGAAACUCACCAGUGACCUCUUCUUAACAGAAGCUGUUCCUCAGAGUCACAGGUGGCUACAAAGCCAUAUUCUGUACCAGACAUCCUUUUGCAUUUAGGGUAUCAGUAAGCUGAAGCCUUUGCCUUGCUAGUACAGGCACCAGUAUCCAUGUGCUAUCUCCAGCAACCCAGAACCUCAUUGUCUCUGGACACCUACAGGGUAAUUUUGCACUUCUGAGUCAUGGUUGGGUUUUAUUUUUCAUGAACAUCACUUUAAAUUCAGUCAUAUUUAUCAGCCAAGCUCACAUGGAAAAUAAAGAUUGUACAACAG